UUUGUACGGUUGCAAAUUUAUUUUACAACAAUAAAGAAUUCUGAAAUUAAUAAGUUCAAAAUUAUCAUGUUUAUAAUGUUAUAGCGGAAUUAAAAAAUUGAAAAAUGCUGCAAAAAUGAGGUAUUUAGUGUUAAUUAUCUUACUACACGUAACCGAAAAAGCGAGUCCUUGUAGCAAGUUGAGUGCGGAAUGUUGCCAGGAUUUCGAGAGAUCCUUCCAGCAGUGCAUCAGCACUCUGCGUUCUCCGGAUGACUGUCUCUUCAUCAGCGGAAAUUAUUUCUCUAAUUCAUCAACUACUACAUCGAACUCAUCUUCUUUUCCUUUAUCUCCAUCAUUUUCCUCAUCGUCGCCAUCACUUGGAAAAAAAGUUGAACCCAAGUUGAAGAUGGAGUUAAGGAGCCUCAACGACGAGUUGAUGUUGGGUCUGCAGUGGGUUGUACCAACAGUUGAUCUGAAAUACGUCAGGGGUUUCUUAUUAACUCUGGAAUUCACUUGGCACGGGAAGGAUAAAAAAAUGUUGAGGUCAUUUCUGAUCAAAAGGGACAAAUAUGCGGCACUCGUCAACGAAACAUCAAACGAUGAGGUGACUAUUAAACACGACUGCAUCACAUUGUUUCCUAAUGUCCUAUAUACACUGACGUUGACAACUUUUACAUCAUCAUCACUAUCACCACAAUUGUCGUCAUCGUUACCACCAUCAUCAUCGUCUUCAUCUUCAUCAUCAUCAUCAUCAUUGCUCUGGCACUCUUCAACAGUAUCGGCUCAAUUUUACACUCCAGCUAGCAAUAGAGAAAUUAACGAGGGCCACGAAGCUAGAGCGAGCGGGGAAUGGACGGCAACGUUGAAAUUGAGAAUUUUCUUCGGCACGGCAUCGAGCAUGAUGGCCUGCUUCCACGUGGCCCCCGCUAAAUUUUUAUUCUACAGUUACUACCUGUACCUUAGUCGAGGCCUUGAGCACCCGAACAUAAAUGAACACACACACAACAUCACUGUCGACCCAGCAAAAAACGCCGGUGAGCAGAGAUGCGUAAUGUUCAGGAACAUUGAGGAUGGAGUUUAUUACAUCUUCCUAAGACCAUCAUCAGUUCAUGACUGCAAAUGCAAGGACCUCAAAACAGGCUUUGACACUAAACUCAACUGUGUGGAUUACUGUCUGGUCACUAAAGUUGGACCCAUUGCGGUUAAAUAUGGUGAAGCCAUUCCAACUCUUGGAACCGAAAUGGAAUUCGACCACCUCAACUCCAAAACAACGGCAGCGAUUAUGACGACGACAGUAGCCACCAACAACAAGCACACACCACACACUGCUGAUGGCUCACUGCUUCUAAUUUUGCUCUACGUAAUCGUCGUCAUCGUUGCUGUCCUCGUCAUCACCAUCAUGGUGACGUGUGUGUGCUGGAUCAGAAGAAAGCGACAGACGGAGAAAAAACGAAUUCUCAGAUUCCAACAAACUCGAAAAUUUAACCAGGAAACGAUAUUAAUUUCUUCUUGAAUGGUAGCAGCAGCAUCCAUAAAACGAAAAACUAAUUCAAAUUUAGAUUUAUUAAAAACUGACCUGAAAAAUUUUUAAAUUAAAAAAUUGUCAAAAAUGUA